AUGGGUGAUAUGGAUACCAAUCUGAUGCAGAGAGCUUCUUCGUCUUCUGAUACAUCGUCUUCGUCGAUCCCGAAACACUCUGUGCCUUUAAGCCCUAAUCACCACUUGACUCCUGCUCUCGUCCCGCAAUUUCCCCACUUCCGACAGCCCUUCACCGGCAUCAACGGCGCCGGCGCCGGGAAUAGAGUCGGAGCUCCGCCGCUGAUUCCCCCAAUUUCUCCCUACUCUCAGAUCCCGGCGACCUUACAGCCCAGGCAUUCCCGGUCCAUGUCGCAGCCGUCGUCCUUCUUCUCCUUGGAUUCCUUGCCGCCGUUUAAUCCUUCCCCGCCGAUUUCGGAUGAGAGAAACGGCGCCGUAUUCAGCCCUUCGCUGCCUCCUUCACCGUUCGCGAUGCCAAGGAUGGCCGGCGAUGGCGAGAAUCUGCCGCCGAGGAAGUCUCACAGGCGUUCCAACAGCGAUGUCACUUUCGGGUUAAGCUCGAUGAUGAGUCAGAGCCAAAAGUCUCCUCCUUUGAUCCCUUUGAGGUCUCUGGAGAGAUCAGUCUCCGGCGGAGAGGUUUCAGACUGGUCCAAUUGGGUCAAGGAAGAGCCAAGCUCCGAUAGACAAGGCUUCCUCAGGGGGAAGAAGCCAGAGAGUGAAGCUGAAGAUGCUUUCAAUGCUUACAUGAAUCUUGACAACAUUGAUCUCUUGAAUUCCUUGGGAGGAGAAGAUGGCAAGAACGCUAACAAUGAGGAAAUGGAGAGCAGCAGAGGCAGUGGGACGAAGAAGACCAACGGCGGAGGAAGCAGCAGUGAUUCCGAAGGAGAAAGCAGUGCGAGUGGGAAUGUCAAGGCUCCGGUGAGCUCUUCUUCAGGGGUGAAGCGAAGAGCCGGCGGAGGAGACAUUGCCCCACCGGGAAGGCACCAACGGAGUCUUUCCAUGGACAGUGGUUUCAUGGGGAAGUUGAACUUCGGGGAGCUAAGGCUUCCGCCUUCAUUGGCUAGAGUGUCCCCAACGGAUUCAGGUGAAGGGAAUUCGAGUUUGGCUUAUGGUUUGGAAUUUGGGAACAGUGAGUUUAGUGCAGAUGAGAUGAAGAAGAUUGCAGCCGAUGAGAAACUCGCAGAGAUUGUGAUGGCUGACCCCAAGCGUGUCAAAAGGAUAUUGGCGAAUCGUGUGUCAGCUGCACGCUCCAAGGAGCGGAAGACGCGGUACAUGGCAGAGUUGGAGCACAAGGUGCAGACGCUGCAGACGGAAGCUACUACAUUAUCAGCUCAGGUCACGCAUUUGCAGAGGGAGGCAGUGGGGUUGACGAACGAGAACAGGGAGCUCAAGUUUCGUCUGCAAGCAAUGGAGCAGCAAGCACAACUCCGCGAUGCUCUGUCUGAGAAACUGAAUGAAGAAGUGCAGCGACUGAAGCUGGUGACUGGGGAGCCGAGUCGCAGGCAAGGUGGAGGCAGCAGCAGCAGCGAAUCAAAGACGUCACUAAACCCGGAGAUGUUUCAGCAGCUUAGCAUUAGCCAGUUACAGCAGUCCAAUCAGAAUAGCAAGCACUCGUCAGAUGAAUAG